UGUCUUUGAGCUCUGCGGGGAGACAUGGAGUACCCGGAGCUGAAGAAGGGUGAGGUUGACCUCGGUACCUCGAUUAUGGGCGUGGCGUUUGACGGCGGCGUGGUGAUCGGCGCCGACUCGCGGACGACGACGGGCUCGUACAUUGCCAACCGGGUGUCUGACAAGCUGACGCAGCUUGCGGACAACAUCUACUGCUGCCGGUCCGGGUCUGCGGCUGACACGCAGGCUGUGGCCGAGUACGUCAAGUUCCAUCUCGCCAUGCAUAAGGAGGAGAUCGGCGGCGAGCCCAAGGUGUCGGUGGCGGCAAGGGUGGUCGGCUCGAUGGUGUACAACAACAAGGACUCGCUCAUGGCUGGCAUCAUCAUUGCAGGCUGGGACGAGGUCGACGGCGGCUCGGUCCACAUUGUGCCGCUCGGUGGCGGCGUCGUCAAGAUGCCGUUUGCCAUCGGUGGCUCGGGCUCGACUUACAUCUACGGCUGGGUCGACGACAACUACAAGGAGGGCAUGACCCGCGACGAGUGCAUCGAGUUUGUCCGUAACGGCCUCGCCCUCGCCAUGGCUCGCGACGGCUCCUCCGGUGGCCUCAUCCGCAUGGCUGUCAUUGAUAAGGACGGCGUCGAGCGCAUGAUGAUCCCGGGCAACGAGCUCCCGCGCUUCUUUGACAAGUGAGGAGCGCAUGCCGUGCGGCGGUGGACGCCGCGACGAGGACUGUGUGUAGAAGGAUGAAUGUAAAGAGUGAAGGUGCGAGA